UGACCACGCCCCGACCUGCGCAUGCGCAAGCGGGAGGAAUAAGAGCGAGGCCCGGGCGGCGUGCUGCCGGCGCUGCUGUUUGGGCGGUGCAAGUAGCGGCUGAAUGGCACGGGGCGGAGCACUGCGAACUACUGUUCUGAGCCUGGCGCUGCGGCUGCUGCUCGGCCUCCGACUUGGCUUGGAAGCUGCUCCGACCUCAGGCCUGACCCGGACCUCCGCCCAGGCCCCAGCAGGCUCCUGCUCACCGCCCAACUUCCAGUGCCGCACCAGUGGCUACUGCGUUCCCCUCACCUGGCGGUGUGAUGGCGACCGGGACUGCGCGGAUGGCAGCGAUGAGGAGGAGUGCCGGAUCCAGCCGUGUACCCAGAACGGGCAGUGCCCACUGCCCCCGGAUCCCCCUUGCUUCUGUGACAGCGUCAGCGAUUGCCCUGGUGGCACCGACAAGAACUUGCAUAACUGCAGCCAACGGCAGCCCUGCCCGCCAGGCCAGCUGCCCUGCAGGGCAGGGGACACCUGUGUCCCACACACGUGGCGCUGCGACAGUCACCCGGACUGUCCAGACGCCAGCGACGAGCUCAACUGCGAAAGCAAGGAGACCCUUCAGGAAGGGCACACCACGACCAUGGGGACCCCCGUGACCCUGGAAAGUGUGGCCUCUCUCGGGAAUGCCACAGCCUCCUCCCUUGGAGCCCAGUCUGGAAACCCAAGUGCCUACGGGGUCAUUGCAGCUGCUGGGUUGCUCGGUGUCAGCCUGGCCGCCGUCACCCUCCUGGUUGUGUUCCAGCUCCGAGCCCAAGGGUCCCUGCGGCCGCUGGGCCUGCUGGUGGCCAUGAAGGAGUCCCUGGUGUUGUCAGAACGGAAGAGCUCGGUGCUCUGAAGAUCUCUGUCACUGUUGCCCCCUGUCGCUCGGCUCUGACUGCCUGCAGCCAGCCUGAGGGAGACCGUGGUGAGGACACGCAGGCAGCGCCCCAGCCCUCAGGAACUUGGCUGUCCUGAGCAACUAGAACUGCAGAGCUGAGCUCUUGCAGAUGUGGCCCCAAGGCUGGUGUCCCCGGAUGAGGAUGGAGGAGGAGAAGGUGCCGCAGGUGGAACCAGGCUCAGAUGUCUUUGUGCACUCAUACUCCUGCCACCUGGCCAGGGUGGGGAUUAAAGCCCUGCACAUCCUCA